UAUGAUUGUAAAUUUGUAUAAAGUCAUCCACUCUUAGGUGGAUCGUAUGCUUAAGCAGAUGGAAAAUUCUAAAAUGUAUUUGUCCAGGCAACAAAAUACCAAACACAAAAGUGAAACAAAUGGCAUAUGUUUUUAGCUAUUCAAGCGAAAGACUCUGUCCUGGUUCUGAAUGUCCCACAAACUUCUCAACUGUGUCUAAGUUAAAACCCGCCAGCAAACCGUAUAAACUUGCAUGAACGACACGUGUUAUCCGCAAUCUUCUGAUCUUCAUCUUCAUAAAGCCUCACCAAAACGUCACUCAUUGCCACCAACAAAAAAAGAAAGAGAAGGAGAAAAACAGAGAAGCAACAAAGAUGGGGAAGAAAGAAGCCCUUUUGAUACUGUUGAUUGUUGCGGUUUUGGGAAAUGCAAUUGGGAUUAAGGAGGAAGAAGAAGAAGAAUGGUGGAGAGAGAGAGAAGAAGAGAAGUUUGGAAGCAAAGAAAGGUUUCUAAUGGUGGACUCGAAGAAAGUGAUAGAGACAGAAGCAGGAGAAAUGAGGGUUAUGAGAGGUCCAAUUUCAAGAAUUCUUGACAAGGCCAUGCAUAUUGGCUUCAUCACCAUGGAACCUAAAUCCUUGUUUGUGCCUCAGUAUUUGGACUCCACCUUGAUUCUCUUCGUCCGUAGAGGGGAUGUGAAAGUCGGAUUGAUUUACAAAGACGAGUUAGCAGAGAGGAGGAUGAAGGGUGGGGACGUAUUCCGCAUACCAGCCGGUUCGGUAUUUUACAUGGUGAACGUAGGGGAAGGACAGAGACUUGAGAUUAUCUGCAGCAUUGAUAAAUCUGAGAGUUUGAGUUAUGGUACUUUCCAGUCCUUCUUCGUAGCUGGAGGAAAGUAUCCUGGGUCAGUUCUUGCCGGAUUCGACCAGGAUACAUUAGCUACAGCAUUUAAUGUUUCUUAUACAGAAUUGAGAAGGAUUUUAUCAAGACAACGACAGGGUCCAAUCGUUUACAUCUCAGACACUGAAUCGCCUAGGGUUUGGAGCAAGUUUCUGCAAGUGAAAGAUAAAGCCAGACUAAGUAAAGUAGCUGAUAACAAUGAAGAUGGUGAAGAAUCGGAGAAAAAUAAGCGAUGGUCGUGGAGGAAGCUCAUGAAUUCGAUCUUCAGAAAUGAAAAUCGGGACAAAAGCAAAAAAAUAACAAGAACAGGAAAAUCCCCCGAUUCGUACAAUCUCUACGACAAAACCCCAGACUUCAGCAACGCCUACGGAUGGAGCGUUGCCCUAGACGAAACCGAGUACCAUCCUCUAGGUCACUCCGGAAUCGGAGUUUAUCUAGUCAAUCUCACAGCGGGAUCAAUGAUGGCACCGCACGUAAAUCCAACGGCAGCGGAGUACGGCAUCGUCCUCAGAGGCACAGGUACAAUACAGAUCGUGUAUCCAAACGGAACCUCCGCGAUGAACGCGGAAGUAACCGAAGGAGACGUGUUCUGGAUUCCAAGAUACUUCCCUUUCUGUCAAAUCGCAUCUAGAACAGGUCCGUUCGAGUUCUUUGGAUUCACAACGUCGUCGCGGAAGAAUCGGCCCCAAUUCCUGGCGGGAGCGAGUUCGAUUUUCCACACCUUGAGAAACAUGGAGAUGGCGACGGCUUUUGACAUAACAGAGGAUGAUAUGGAGAGGUUGCUAGGGGCGCAGUACGAGGCGAUAAUUCUGCCGUCGGCGGAGAUAGCGCCGCCGCACAAGGAGGAGGAGAAGAAGAGGAGGAAAGAGGAAGAGAGGAGGGAAGCGGAAACGGAAACGGAAACGGAAUGGGAAAGAGAGAGGGAAAGGGAAAGGGAAAGGGAAAGGAGAGUGGAUGAAGUGGUUGGAAGCUUUGGAAGGAAUUUGGUUAUGGGAUUUGCUUAGUUAAAGAGUUGAAACGGGCGGGAAAUAAACUAUAAUUUCCAUUGCUUUUUUUUUUUUUCUUUUUCUUUUUCCUUUUUAUUUUCUUCUUUUAAGGUCUGCUUCGUUUUGGUUUAGGGUUUGUUCAUGAGAAGUUGAGUAUUUGUUAAUAAAACCCGUAACUUCUUACUCCA